UUUUACCCUAUAAAAUCAGAAAAACCUUGGCAAGCAUUUUACAUAGUAGAUCAAGAAGGUAAUAAUAUGGAUCCACUUACCUAUCCAGAUUAUCUUAAAUAUCUCAAGCAAGCAAAAGCCUUAUUUAAAAAACUACAAAGAUCUAACCAAUCUGUCAGAAUGGAUAGAAUAGAAGAAGGGUUUAAUGAAACUCGAGAUACUAUAAAUCAGUUAGCAGACCAAUUACAGAAAAAAGUGUAUAUAAAGAAAUUUACAGAAUCUAAACAAAAUGAAAAAAUCACUAUGCCAAACCCUUUUUCAGAAUCAGAUGACCAGUUAUUAGAAUUAUUAUCUCCAGCAAUAAUUGAAGAUAUAAUUAUUCCGGAUGGGUUUGCCGAUACAGCAUCGGGAUGUCUUGUUAUGAAUAAAGCACUAAAUGAGAUUCGAAAAGUUCAAGGAAUUCUAGAUACAAACAAACAUGAAUUUCGAAUAAUAGUUCGUGGAAAAUCUUAUAUUAUUCCAACCUUUACUAAGCCAAUCAAGGAUAAUGUUUUAUCAAGCCUUUAUACAACAGUAAUUCGGGAUAAUAAUUCAAAAAAUCAAACUUUCGAUUCUUCUACCAAGAUUGAUACUAAAGAGGAGCCAACAUCUAAUAAAGAAAAGGAGUCCCAAGUCUCUGAUUCAUUCACUGAAGAUCUAAAAAAAAAAAACAUAGUAUAA